GUGUGGUAAGCUGCUACAAGCCUCCAAGCCUGUUCAUUCUGAGUCGAUACUCGAUAGCCUAUUCCCUGUCCCAUUUCAAUGGAAAACUUUUCCCGACCCUCCACAACCGUUCUCCUUCUUCUCCGAUUCCGAUGCGGAGGAGGAGUAACGCCUCCAUUCGUUACCUACCGUUUCAAUUUCUCUCCUCCUCCUCAGUCCGAUAAUUUGUUGCCCAAAUCAACUUCGAUUUCUCCGAUGGCCGUCCACCCUGGGUGUCGUUUUCCCUCGUGCAAGAGCAGAGGAGAGAGAUGGGUUGAUUUGUACGACACGUCGUUGUUCGGCUAACAAAAAGCUUCUAGAUGAGAUUGCAAUACGGUUGAGAGACUCUGAUGAGCAAGUGGCAGCUGUUUUAACAGAUGAUGGUUUUGAUGAACAAUAUGAACAUCAUUUGGAACUUUUUAAGGAUGAACUAGAGAUGUUGGAAGAUGAAAUAGAGUUAGAAGAACUCGAAAAAAUGGUGGAACUUGAACAAGAAUUGAAAGAACUUGAACUGUUGGAGGUUGCAGGAGAAAUGGAACAACUUGAAAUGUUGGCUAUUGAAGGUUCAUAUCCGUACUUAAACAAUGGUGUGAACCCUGAGGCAUUUGCUUAUGAUAAGGCUGGUGAUGGAAACAAAGAUAUCAUUCUCUGGGAUGUUGCACCUCUCACCCUUGGUAUCGAAACUGCUGGUGGUAUUAUGACUAAAUUGAUUCCCAGAAACACUGUGAUCCCAACCAAGAAAUCCCAGGUUUUCACCACUUAUCAGGAUCAGCAGAGUACAGUCUACAUUCAGGUCUAUGAGGGUGAAGGGAGUCUAACAAGAUAUUGCAGGAUCCUUGGAAAAUUUGAACUUACUGGCAUUCCCCCAGCCCCAAGGGGUAUUCCUCGGAUUGAAGUCACGUUUGAAGUGGAUACCAAUGGUUUCCUGAAUGUCAAGGCAGAAGACAAGGGCACUGGCAAAUCUGAGAAGAUCACCAUCACCAAUGACAAGGGUUGCACAAGCCAAGAAGAAAUUGAGUGCAUAGUCAAAGAGGCAGAGGAGUUAGCUGAUGAGGACCAGAAGGUGAAGGAGAGGAUUGAUGCCCAUAAUAGCCUGAAAACUUUUAUCUACAACUUGAAGAACCAGAUCAACGAAAUGGACAAGCUUGAGUAUGAUGAGAAGGAUAAGCUUGAGACCGCUGUGAAGAAGGCCCUGGAAUGGAUGAAGGACAACCAGACCGCUGAGAAGGAGGACUAUGAGGAGAAGCUCAAGGAGGUUGAAGCAAUCUGCAACGCUAUCAUCACAACUGUUUACCAGAGGUCAGGUGAUACUCCUGUGGAUUAAUUCAACAGCUGAAUGAAAUUCAUUUGAUCCACUUCAUGAGCUUUAGGCAAGCUUUUUGCAGGAUAUUGAGGCUAUAUAGGUCAAGGGUGAGAGUUUCUAAUUGUAUAAAAGUUAGGGGAGAGAAUAUCUACUCUUUUGAGUAAUGGAGAUAGAAUAUUGUCCCGUUUGUUGGUACUGAAUAUCAUGUCUGAUCUGUUUGUAGUUCUGCCUGUUAAGACAGACAUGCAUAAUCUGUUUAGGAAUACUUUAAAAUACUGUUACCAUCAGAGAACUCUUAUUAGUAUA